AUGGAGCCCAAACCCUCGCCGCCGCCACCGGCCGCCCCUUCGCGCCGCCGCGGGGCAGCGACCAAGCGCAAGGAGAGGGCCGCAUCCGCAGCGCCCUCCGGGUCCCCGCCACCGAAACGCCAGGCCCGGGAUUGCGGGCCCGUCGACCCUCCCUCCCUCCCGCCGCCUCAACCGCGCAGCCGCCAGCCGGCACGCAAGCCGCGGCGCAAGCCCGCACGCAAGAAAUCGACGCAGCGCUCCGUGAAGCCGCCGCGCGCGCAGGAGGAGGAGGGCCCGCCGCCGCCGCCGCCACCACCGCCGCCGUUGCCGCCACCACAGCCGUCGCUGGAGAAGGAGAUCGAGGCCGUUCUGUCCCGCGGCGCUGGCGUCCACGUCGUACCCACCUUCGCCGUUACGCAGGAACGCAAGCUGGUUGAGAGUAAAAGUAGUGCUGAGAUAGAGGAUGAAAUUUCUCCGGUUGAGAAGUUAUUUCAGUUUGAAACAGUUCAUUCGUACCUGGUACCUGUUUCAAAGAAAGCUGAAGCAAUAUCUCCAGUUCAAUUCACUAGCUUGCUCUCUGAGCCUACACUAGCUGAAGAUGCGAUAGGUGCAGCUGAGUCUUCUGUUGAGUAUCAUUGCAACUCCUGCUCAGUUGAUUGUUCAAGAAAGCGUUAUCAUUGUAGGACUCAGGUAGACUUUGAUUUUUGUUCUGAGUGCUACAAUGAAGGAAAAUUUGAUGAAGGCAUGUCAAAAGCUGAUUUCAUCCGUAUGGAAUCUGCAGAAGUUCCAGGGUCUGGUGGUUCUAACUGGACUGACCAGGAGACAUUGCUUCUUUUGGAAGCGUUAGAAAUUUUCAAAGGAAAAGAAUGGGGUGAGAUUGCUGAGCAUGUUGCUACAAAAACAAAAGAACAGUGCAUGUUAUACUUCCUUCAAAUGCCAAUUUCUGAACCAUUUCUAGAUGGUGAAGAUUUCAAUGAAACACCCCAGAAGAUCACAGAACAGGAUUCAGAAAUUGGUCCUUCUGAUGUACCUGACGAAAUGGAUGUAGAUGGCAAUGCAGAAGGAAAAGAGAGCACUGAUGAAAAAGCUUACAAGAAAGCAAAUUCUAUUUCUUCAGAAACAAGAACAAAAUUAGCUGACCAAAAUGUUUCUGCGAAAGAGGAUACCAUGGAUGCAGGUGAUGAUGAUCUAGUUGCUUCCAUUGAUGAUGAAUCAAAUAAAUCUUCAUUGAUGGAUCCUGCACAUCAGAAAAAUUCUGCUAAUGCUGAUGUCUCUGGGGAACACACAUCCAACUUUGUUAUUGAUGUCCUGAGAUCUACUUUUGAAGCAGUUGACCACUUUCUGGGCCAAGAGGACUUGGGUUCAUUUGCUGAAGCUGGAAAUCCUGUGAUGGCACUAGCUGCAUUUUUGGCUUCUCUUGUGGAACAUGAUGAUGCUGUUUCUUCAUGCCGUAGUUCAUUGAGAGCUAUAUCAGAGAUAUCUCCUGCUCUCCAACUGGCAACUGAGCACUGUUUUAUUCUUCCAGAUCCACCAAGCGACCUCAAAGAUCCAACUUCCACUUUCAGCGCUUGCACAGGCAGUGAGUGCCAAGAAGGUGCUGAUACUACUCAAAAUGUGAAUGAUAAUGAUAAAGACAGCAGUGAAAGGGAAGAAAAUGAUUUAGGUCUUGAAAAGGAGAAUGCUGCAUUCACCUCACAGAAAGAGCACCUGGAAUUAUCUGACACAAAGGAAAGAGGUCCUGAGGCAGAGGCCAAAUCCAACAGCACAAAGGAUUCUGAUAAUUCAAUUGCUAAGGUGGACAGUAGUGUAGCAUCUGAUAAGAUGAGAGAUGGGUGUAAUGCUAAUGCCAUUUCAUGUUCUGCUACUUCAAAUAGUGCAACCGAACCUAGUUCCAUACCUUCCCAAGAAGCCAGUGCAGCAAGUACAAAGGACACAACUAACCCUGAACAAGUUGAAGGGGACAAACCAAGUUCUGAGGAAUUACCAGCUGAUGUUUCACCUUCACAAGGGAAGAUAGAGCCCAAGAAGAUUGAACAUGCACCUGCUGCCUCAUCUAGUGUGCAACUGCGUGAGUGCAAACAAGCUGGAAAUGGCAACACUGAAGAACCUAAAAGCAAUGAAAACAUUGCGUCCGAUGAUGAUCCCAUAAUAAGGCUACAGCGAGCAGCUGGUACUGCCAUUUCAGCAGCUGCAGUGAAGGCUAAGUUUCUUGCGGAGCAGGAGGAGGGUUAUAUUCGGCAACUAGCUGCAGUUGUGAUCGAAAAGCAGUUUCAGAAGAUAGAAACAAAAAUGUCGUUUCUCACUGACGUUGAAAACUUGGCCUUACGAUGGAGAGAAUCAACAGAGAGGAUGCGGAAGAAGCUUAUGUUGGAGCGGAGCAUGAUAAUUGCUUCUCGAAUGGGUGCAGCCGCUGCUGCCGCUUCCAGAACAAACCAGCAGGGGGCUCCGGGGACUAGACUCCCAGUAGGGUAUGCCUUGAAUCCGCAGCUGAGGCGCCCUUGA